AUGAGUGGCCCCGUGAGCAUCGGUUCAGCAGCCGAGUGGCAGAGCCUGCUGGACUCCACGACGGUAGUCAUUGCAGACUUCUACGCCGACUGGUGCGGCCCGUGCAAGCAGAUCGCGCCUCACUUCGAACGUCUCGCCAAGGAGCACUCUCGACCCAAGAAAGUCGCCUUUGCCAAAGUCAACGUCGACUCGCAGUCCACCAUUGCCCAAACGCAGGGCGUGGCCGCGAUGCCCACGUUCAAGAUCUUCCACAACGGUGCCUGUGUAGAGACUAUCAAGGGCGCCAACCCGUCGGCCUUGACAGAAGCGAUCAGCAAAGCUGUGAGCCUGGCGAACACACCAGGUGGCAACCCUGGCGAAAUCUUCAAGACACCUGGCCGGACCCUGGGUGGUGGACAGACUGCGGGUGGCGGCAUCGACUUCGGCAAGCUCAUCAACAUAUUUGACGGGUACAAGGCGGCGGAGAGCUCGAGGUUCAACAAGCAUCAGACGCCAGCUCCAGCCAAGAAGGGCCCUGCUAGUGCUGGGACUAAGGGUGCCGAGGCGAAGGCUUCUGGGAGUGCGAGGGCAGCGCAGAAGCCUACGUUCAGGACGUUGUCGGACCUGGGGGACUACCUCUCCCCCACCGAGUACACCCUCUACGUUCGACUGUUUGGCCCGCCCCUGCGAGAAACAAGCCCCGAAGAUGUUGGCAUUGACACGCACGCCGACAUGGCUGGUGCGUCAAUGAAGGCUUCCGAUGAGGGCACCGUACUCAAGGAGCUGAAGGGCGGAGAAUUUGAAGAGAUCACAUACAAAAUCCCACCGAAAGAGGCUCCACUCGAGCCAGACUUGGAGGACUUGGACAGCGAAGCGCGAGCCGAAGACUUGAUAACAGAAGAGCAAGAGAGAGAUCGGGCCUUGAAAGAGCAGCUACAAGAGGAGGCCGCGGCUGAGGCCGAGGCGGAAGAUGAAGCAUGGAGUUUCUCCGAGGAGGAGAUUGAGAAGAUUGCCAGUGAGGAAGGCCUAAGCGUGGAACAAGUCCGUCAGCUCGCUGCUACGAAGCCCACUCCAGAACAGCUGGCUGCUCUGGAGGAUCACUUUGGUCUUUCUGAGGAGACUGAGGGGCCGAGUGAAGAAGAGUCAGCUGCUAUCCAGGACAUGCUCAUGCAAGCUUCACAGCGGAAGGCGCCCAAUCUUCCAUUGCGGGAGGAGCCAGAGUCCCUGACGCCCCAGGACUACAUUGAUGCCGUGGCGAGGAAUCCCCGAGAGGCUAAGGCCAUGAGGACGUUGGCAGACGACUUUGCAAGGACACAGAAAGAGCAGCAGGAAGCUGAAGAACGAAUGGAGGCGGAACAAGAAGAGGGCGAGGCGGUGGAAAGUCAAGAAGAGGCCAGCGCCAAGUCAUGGCCAGAGGAGUUUCCGCUCCGAAUAGCUACCGGCGAGCUGGACGAAGGGUUCACCCGUUUCCAUCCCUACACCGUUGAGGGCAGCUUCCAUGGCAAGUCGAUGGAAAUUGCCCUGCCCACAGCAGAGUUUGUGCAGCCGAUAUCUGAGCUCCUGCGCCGAUCGCACAUCCGACACGUGCGAGAAGCGGCGGAAGCCAGCUUUGGCGGUUCAGGGCUGCCCUUGUCUCCGGAGACUGUCUAUGGGCUGAGGUCGGGGAGCAUGGGUGGAGUAGGCCUAUCGGCAACUCAGCGCCACAUGACCGAAGUGGAGGCUGAUGCCUUUCUGGCCGGCUUCAUGCCCGCUGCGUACGCCUCUGUGUACUCCAUCGUGCGCGAAGUGCGGAAGCGUCUUGGCAGCGAGUGGAUCCAAUCAAAGCUGAAGAGCGGCGAAGGCCUCAGUGUGUUGGACGUCGGUACUGGCGGCGCUGGUAUCAUUGCCUGGGAGCAGAUACUGAAUGCGGAGUGGCGGCUGCUGAAAGAAAAGGGGGAAGUCGAGGGGGACAAGAUCCCGGGGCGCAAGACGGUCAUUGUAACGUCCGAUCGCCUCCGGAACCGCGUCAAGACGUUUCUGGACAACACGACUUUCUUGCCGCGACUGCCUGACUACGAACACUCUGGCGAGAUGAAGGGCGAGCGGCUGGAUGGCGGCGGCAAGGAACAGCCUCGCAAGUCAUACGACGUUAUCAUCUCGUCUCACAUGCUCCUUCGCGAAAAAGAGACACACCGACGCCAGGCAAUCUUGAACAACCUGUGGAAUCUGCUGCGCAAGGACGGUGGCGUUCUGGUCAUGCAGGAGAAGGCUCACCCGCGGGGCUUCGAAGCCAUAGCACACGCGCGUCACAAUGUGCUCUACAAUUUUCUGCUUCCCCCGUCAGGCGAACCGCGGAUCGGCCCAGAGGAGUUCAACCCAGCUUUCCACCGCGAACCCGAGCCGGGACAUGUUGUUGCUCCCUGUACAAACCAGGGUCUAUGCCCCAUGUACGUGGAGCCUGGGCAAGGUAUUGGACGCAAAGACUUUUGCCACUUCAGCCAACGGUUCAUCCGGCCAAAUUUCUACGUCAAGAUGCUUCGGAAGCAGACGGAUAACCAGGGUGACGUGCAAUUCAGCUACUUUGCCGUGCAGCGCGGUGUUCCCAUUGCCGCCGAUCAGCCAACGGGCAAAAAGGCCACCGAGCUUGCAAAAGAAGGCUACGAGAACACAGAAGAGAAGCCGAACAUGUUGACGCUGCCGCGCCUCGUCAAUCCGGCACUUAAGCGAAAAGGCCAUGUGACCAUGGACGUCUGCACCCCAGCCGGCAAGAUUGAGCGAUGGACUGUGCCCAAGAGCUUUAGCAAGCUUGCAUAUCACGACGCACGCAAGACGCGCUGGGGAGAUUUGUGGGCUCUUGGGGCCAAGACCACGGCCGAGCGCCCGCCCCGGAAUGGCAAGCCAGUCGCAAAGGCUAAACUGAAGCAAGACUCAAAAAAGAAGGGACGCAAGUCCGUGAUCGGUGACGAGGCAGAGCAGCAGCAAAGGAGGAGACUGACCAAGGAGGAGAGGCAGAAAGCUAAACUGGAGCAAAUGGAGGCGCUGGAGCGGGAGCAUGACGAGGCUGUUGAUGAGAUGGUGGAUGCGGACAUUGGCUUGGACGAGGACAUUAGGAGGGAGAUGGAACGUGAAGGCAAGAGGUGA